CAUAUUUGUAUCGGGCACCAAAUCCAAUGAGACCAGGCAUGCUGGCCAUUUUGCGGCUCAGCCGUCGUGUAAAGCCCCGACCACCCAUCACUUCCCCUCUCUUCUCCCUCCACCGCCUCUGACCCCCUCCUCGCCGCCCCCGCCGCCGCCGCCGCCGCCUCUGCCGUUCUGCAACGCUUCGCGGCUGCGUAUUGGGCUAGUAGGCGCACCUAUUUGUUCCCUGGAGGAUCACUGCCACCGUAUCGUCGUUUUGUCGUUCCCGGGCGCCAGCUACCCCGCCACGUUCAGAACUGUGUCCGACUCCUUGCGGCUCUGCUCAUAUAAAAUCAUUGCUGACCGCCACUCCUCCGUAUACCCCGCGCCAUGUCUCUCAAGCACAUCCUCAAUGACGAUCCGGCGCCCCCGGUCCAUGUCUCCGCCCCGGCUGCCCAUACGCCUGUGCCGACCUCCGCCAUUGACCCAGCCCUCAUGAGGCCUUCGCCUCCUUCCAGAACCGAAUCCUCGCAUUCGGACUUGCGUGAAUACGCGCAUUCGCGGUCCCCGCACGAGGUCGAUCAGCAACCCCCGGUACGCGAGUACGCGUUCCAAGCCGUCCAGCCCGUCGCAUAUGGUAACUACUACGGGCGCGAAGACGAGCGGACGGCAUCUCCGACGCUCUCUAAUGGAGGCCAGUACAAUGCAAGCGAGUUCAAGGAUGGCUAUGCCGAUGGCGGCAACAGGCGCAAGCGCAAGCAGCCGGAGGAUGACGACGACGAUUACCACCCGCCUGGUCAGAAACGGGCAUUGCGGCGCAGUUCGACGCGCGUUCGGCAGCAGCAGAUGCGCAAUCACACACCCGCCUCCGAGAUGGACACGGAGCCUCUCAUCCAAGAAAUCUCUUUCGUGAACGAGGAGGAGGCACGGCAACCAUCGUCAGACUUGGAAGACUGCGAGGAGAUAUGGAGAGGCGAGCUUGGGAACUAUGUCAUGGAGACUCACAAGAGGCAGAAGCAAGUGGAUGCCUGGUUCUCUCGAUGGAUAAUCGAACGCGACAGCAUCACGGCCUAUCAUAUGUCCCAUGCCUAUAGGCAGCGUAUCGCACGUAUACCUCCACCUCCACCACCACCUCCGCCACCUCCCCCUCCGAUGGUCGAAGAGCUCCUCCGCCCAGCCUCGCCAUCUCUACGCCCUGCGGAUGGCUAUGAUAUGCCCGAGUUUGUGCACAUGGACCAUACCGGCCGACCGAUUCGAUCCGGUCAAGAUGACUUUUCGCGGGGUCUGGAUGAUGCCUCGGUAUCUGGUAGGCACAAGGGCAAAGGCAAGGAGAAAGAGACGGGGAAACGACAGCCGGUCUACUCCGUCUCAGACAGCGAAAGCGAGCUUGAUAUUCCGAUCUCGAAGACCAUGCCCGCUCACAAGAAGCGGAAGAUUGCCGAGGAUGCUAGAGACACUCCGGAUGAGAGUGAACACGUCAACAGGGCGGCUGGUCCCCAUGCUUCGCCAGCCCACAAGCUGGUCGCGUCCGCAAAAGGCAAGGGGAAGGGCAAGCAGAUUCAGAGGGAAGACAGCGUGGACAGUGUUUCCACCACACCGAAGCAGCGCAAGAAGCUGGGCCCGAGGAAGAAGUACGACACAUUACCACCUCAGACGCAGGAGUUGCUGGGAAUCGGAGGGGCCGGCUCAGCGACUGCUUCCGUCGCUGGCGACAUUACGCCUUCAGCUUCUCGGCCGGCUUCGCCUGCUCUUACCUCGAUUUCCGCGACUGUCUAUGAACUUGAUGAGCCUAUACCUGCUCUGAAGAAGGCGAAGAAGGUAGACGAUACUGUGAUGAUGAAGCGCGUGAGGAACCUGGAGGAUGCACAGCGAAAGGUCUGGACCAACAUCGCGAGACGCGAUAUUCCGAAGGUGUACAAGUUCCACGCGCAAGGCUAUGCAUCGAGACAGAACAUCUCUAAGCGACUCGCCACGCAUGCAUCAAUGCAUGCUCGUAAGCCAUAUGUGAAGGCCGGCAAGGCACUCAAGGAUACGCAAGCGAAAGGCAAGCGGCUCAUGCGCGAGAUGCUUGUCUUCUGGAAGAAGAACGAGAAGGAAGAGAGGGACGUCCGUAGGCGUGAACAGCGAGAGGCACUUGAUCGCGCCAGGGUUGAGGAAGAGAAGCGCGAAGCCACCAGACAGGCCAGGAAACUCGAGUUCUUGAUCAGUCAGACUGAGCUCUACAGUCACUUCGUGGGCAGCAAGCUGAAGACUGCCGAGCUUGAAGGCGAAACCGGCCUUGCGGCUGCUCCCGCGGGUGCCGACCUUGUAGACGUGGAUCCUACGACGCUGCAGGACAUAGACUUUGACGACGAGGACAAUACCAACAUGCAUAGACAUGCUCGAAAUAACGCUCAGGUUGCCAUCGCACUUGCCAAACGAAAAGCGCAGGACUUCGACACGCAGGCUGCUCUGGAGCGCAAGACGAAUGAGGCACUGAAACUCGCGAAGCGACAAGCUCACAUACGUGCCGACGAGGAUGUUGAGGGCACUGGUUCCGGGCCGGCCACGACACCUCUCGUAGAUUUGGACUCGGAUGAGCUGAACUUCCAGAACCCUACAUCGUUGACUGGGGAGCUCACCAUACAGCAGCCGAAGAUGCUCAUGGCUACUCUCAAGGAAUACCAGCUGAAGGGUCUCAACUGGCUCGCCACAUUGUAUGAGCAGGGUAUCAAUGGUAUCCUUGCAGACGAGAUGGGUCUGGGCAAGACUGUUCAAUCUAUCUCAUUGCUCGCCUACCUGGCUGAGGCCCACGAUAUCUGGGGACCUUUCCUCGUCGUCUCCCCUGCGUCCACACUGCACAACUGGCAGCAGGAGAUCAGUCGUUUCGUGCCCAAGCUGAAGGCUCUCCCGUAUUGGGGCAAUGUCAAGGACCGCGCCACGCUCCGCAAGUUCUGGAACAAGAAAGAGAUCAGCUAUGACGAGGACGCUCCUUUCCACGUUCUGAUCACGAGCUACCAGUUGGUGACUCAAGAUCAACAGUACUUCCAACGAGUAAAAUGGCAAUACAUGAUCCUUGAUGAAGCGCAGAACAUCAAGAACUCGUCUAGUGCUCGUUGGAAGACGCUGCUCGGUUUCCAGUGUCGAAACCGUCUCUUGCUCACUGGUACUCCUAUCCAAAACUCCAUGCAAGAACUUUGGGCAUUGCUGCAUUUCAUCAUGCCGAGCUUAUUCGAUUCGCACGACGAGUUCAACGAGUGGUUCUCUAAGGAUAUUGAGAAUGCCGCGGAGAACAAGGGUAGCAAGUUGAACGAGCACCAGCUGCGGAGGCUGCAUAUGAUCCUCAAGCCGUUCAUGUUGCGUCGUGUCAAGCGACAUGUGCAGAACGAGCUCAGUGACAAGAUUGAGAAGGACAUCUACGUUGACCUCAGUGCUCGGCAACGUGCUCUGUACAAGGGCCUGCUGGCCAACGUCUCUGUGGCGGACUUGCUGGAGAAGGCUGCAAACAUCGGCGACGCGGAUUCCGCGAGGUCACUGAUGAACCUCGUCAUGCAGUUCCGAAAGGUUUGCAAUCAUCCAGAAUUGUUCGAGAGAGCAGACGUUGUCGCGCCCUUCUCCUUCUCUGAUUUCGGCAAGUCUGGACCUCUCAACCGAGAAGGCGACUUCGUUCAGUUGGCUUAUUCAACCCGCAAUCCGAUCGAGUAUUCGAUACCUAAGCUGUUAUACGAAGACGGUGGGCUACUGGACGUACCGAGAGAGGAUGCACCUGCCGUGGGCGACACGCGUAGGGUCGCGAGGUUGAUGAACAUCUGGUCAACGGACUGGGUGUAUCGGUCCUCCCAAGAAAAUGCAGCCUUCUCUUUCCUGAAAUUCCUUGAUGUGUCGCCUAGUGAAGUACAUAGUGUGUACACCUCCCACGUCUUCGAAACGUUGCUACGUGCAUCUCAGAGGGAGCGCACGAGGCUCGACGACGAUACGUAUGCAACGGACGACGCUUUCGUUGCAAACGUGGCUGCUGGACCCUUCCGCCUGCCUUCUCGGGUACCCGCCAUCAAGACGGUAGAUGAUCUUGGCUUGACGGCUUUCCGCUCAAUCUCCUCCGCCGCAUGGCAAUCUUCUUGCCUCUCUCGCCGGGAUCUGAAGUGGUUCACCCCUCCAGCUGUGGCGCCCCCCAUAUCCAUCUACUGUGCCCAUCGCAACUUUGUUGAACGUCAAGCCACGCUGCGCGAAGCCCCAGUCGACUCGCUGGCACUGUAUGGUCUACCUCCGAGUAUGCGGGAGUCCCAGGAGGCUUGCGCACAAUAUCAGCGACGGUUCUCUGGCGUCCAUGUGUCUGGUCUCAUUGGAAGUUCACCGCCAGACGAGCUACCUAUGUCGACCAUGCAGGUGCCAGAAGCCAAGCGACUCAUCUAUGACUCGGCGAAGCUCGCUCGCCUCGACGCGCUGCUCCAUGAGUUGAAGGCGGGAGACCAUCGUGUCCUGGUAUACUUCCAGAUGACGCGUAUGAUGGACCUCAUGGAAGAGUACCUCAUCUAUCGCCAGUACAAGUAUCUGCGCCUUGACGGUUCGUCGAAACUGGAGGACCGUCGAGAUAUGGUCAUGGAGUGGCAAACAAGGCCCGACAUUUUUGUCUUCCUUCUCAGUACGCGCGCUGGAGGUCUUGGUAUCAACCUGACUGCUGCCGACACGGUCGUAUUCUACGAUCACGAUUGGAAUCCGUCCAAUGAUGCUCAAGCGAUGGAUCGUGCACAUCGUCUUGGGCAGACGCGCCAGGUCACCGUUUAUCGUCUCAUCACUAAGGGUACGAUCGACGAGCGCAUCGUCCAGCUUGCACGCGUGAAGAAAGAUGUGCAAGAUAUUGUCGUCGGGAACAAGACUUUCACCGAUGUCACGAAGCCCAGUGAGAUCGUACAACUCCUUCUGACGGAGGAUCAACUGGCGAAUCUCGAGUCCACCGAGCCGUCCACGAAGAGCAAGGGGAAGAAGCGCGCCGACACCGCGCAGGCGGAUGCAGGCAGAGACUUGUGGAACGACGAGGGCGACGAGUUCUUCGGGCAACCCGCUUCGGGGCAGGCUGGUAACACUGGCGAUGGCGUUGAUGACGAUUCCGGGACACCAGUCCCGACCUCGGGUCGUGGUAGGAAGCGGGGUGGCGGAACUGGUGCACCUCGCGGUCGCAAGCCAGGCCGCGGACGCGGAAGGGGGAAAGCGGCAAUGGCAAUGGCUGAUGGCAAUUCGUAGUCCUCGUGCUCUGGGACUCAAGCAACCUCCACUCUUUUCUAGCGUUAUUGUGUCUCUCGUUAUGUAUUUUGCUCACCGCUGUACUGGACACUUAGAGGCCUGUAAGGACGUCGUAUGUAUUUUGAGCGUUUGGCAGUACUCCAUGAAGUGAUAGUUUACUCGUUUUGCUCUGAUAAUGUGCUCCUGUAUGCGUAUGUACUCUAUGCAGCCGUAGCAUGAACAUAUACCCGCUGUUCCAGCCAA